GCCAGCGGGUGGUUAAAAAGCUCGGGCUGAGGAGGAGCAGCUCACAGAUCUGAGGAGCUCUGCACCGGGAAAAGUUUACCUCUAAGUACCACAGACCACCCAAAGGAGGGAGAACCCGCAGAGAUGGCAACUCAGGCGGAGCAGCUGCCCCACCUGCACCUGGCCGAGCUCACCGCGGCGCAGUUCAUCGACAUCUGGAAACAUUUUGACACAGACGGAAACGGCUACAUAGAGGGGAAGGAGCUGGAGAGCUUCUUCACAGAGCUGGAGACUGCGAGGCGAGGAGCCGGCGUGGAUCCCUCGCACGCUUUGUUCAAGGAGAAGUUGAAGGAGUUCAUGGCAAACUUUGACAAGAACUCUGAUGGUAGAAUUGAGAUGUCUGAGCUGGUCCAGAUUCUGCCGACGGAGGAAAACUUCCUGAUCUGUUUCAGAGAGUUUGUGAGAUCCAGUGCUGAAUUCAUGGAUGCUUGGCGGAGAUAUGACACUGAUCGUAGCGGAUACAUCGAGUCCAAUGAGCUGAAGGGUUUCCUGUCGGACCUGCUGAAGAAGGCCAACAGAGACUAUGACGACAAGAAACUCAACGAGUACACACAGACAAUUCUGAGGAUGUUUGACCUGAAUGGUGACGGUAAGCUGGGCCUCUCUGAGAUGGCGAGGCUUCUGCCGGUCCAGGAGAACUUCCUGCUCAAAUUUCAGGGCAUCAGACUCACCGUCAAGGAGUUUGACUCUCUCUUCACUUUCUAUGAUAAGGACGGUAACGGCUACAUUGAUGAGCAGGAGCUGGAUGCUCUGCUGAAGGACCUCUGUGACAAGAACAAAAUGGACUUGGACUCAACCGGGCUGGUGGACUACAAAAAGAGCAUCAUGGCUCUGGCUGACGGGGGGAAGCUGUACCGCACUGAGAUGGAGAUCGUCCUGUGCCGGGACUCCACGCUGUGACCCGCCCGCCUGCCUGCCUGCCUGCCUGCCUCCUGCCUGCCUGCCCGGGACCCUCCUGUCUUCCUGCACUGCUUCCUCCUUCCUACCUCUCAAUGUAGCCUGGUGCAUGUGUGACCAGAAACAGUGCGCCUGAAAGCACAGAAAAUACCUGCUGACUUUUCUUUUCUUCAUCAAAGUAAAGCUGUUUAUCGAGAUUUAAAUGGCAAGUGGAGAAUCUUGUGUAUUAUGCAUUUGUAUCUUUAACUCAAUCACAUAUGCUCCCUGUAGUUUUAGAGAAGGAACUCUGUUCUGUGGCAUCUCAUUGUUUUGUUUAUUUCAGGUUAUUUUGUUAUAAUGUUCUUGUUUUGUUUCACGAGGCUGGUACUGUUCUACAGAAAUAUACAAAUGAGAGGAUAAAUAAAUGCAACAUAAAUCCAGAAGCUGCUGCAGUGAAAGGUUUGUCUGGUGCUGUAAAACACUCACCUCUGUGUCGAGUGUAAAGAUUACAUCUCCUCUACAGAUCACCAGGAAGAGAGUGUUUCCCUCUAAGUGCUCCCUCUCUUUCUAAUCUCCUGCAGACAGAAAGUGUGUUGAAGAGGGAGCUUGUGCUGAUCCAUUUUUUAUAGUCUCGGAGGAACUUGACGACUCUUCCCGGGCCAUUUUGAGGGAAAGUGGGCAAAGUAGGAUAUGGGUGAUCAGUUCCCACUGCCUUUCCCACAAAAUGGCCUGCACACAGCAUGAAGAAAUACAACCAGCGUUUUCCACUUUAUAUCUCAGAAAACAAAUCAGAAAAAAGAGUCGCGCGUCUUCGAAAGCCAAGACGUCCUUAAUAUAAGUGAGCUGAAUGCAAUGUAGGCCAGAUUUUAUUUUAAAUCUGCUGGUUUCCUCCUGAUUUCAUCCCUCACGUGUGACGGAAACCAUGUAACGUCUAUCAAUUAAUCAUCAGCACAUAUUUAAUUAAACUCACUAUCUUUGAAUCACA